AUGGCUGACUGGGAUAAUUCUGCUACACCUGAGACCGAUCUUGGCCUGAGGGAAGCCGGAAACGGUAAUGCAGCUGCACCAGGUCCUCCGAGGGACGCAGAAGCUGCAGCACGUGCAAGAGAGAAAGGAUGGUCGGAGCCACAACCUCUUGACUAUAACCGUCAUGCAAACGUUGCGACACGAGGCAAUGCCGAUACCUCCUCUAACACACUCGUCGAAGUUCCGAAGUGGGCUCACGAUGCUGCGAAAUACGAAUAUCGUGGUGAGGCUGGUAUACUUGGUCCUGUCAUGGCCGACCUUGAGCUACAGCUCUUUGGAGGAACUGAGAUGCGUCUCAAGAAGGGCGUUCGAUGGGACUUACAGCAGAAAAUCCAGGCCAUCGUAGAAAGUGUCCACAAGAUUUCACCCGUCAUGUCUCUCGAGGACGCUGGUAUACACCCAGCCAUGCUUGAAAACUGCAAAAAGCUUGGCUAUAAUGAUACCACACCUAUUCAAGCAUACACCAUUCCUGCUGUCCUGUUGGGCCACGAUGUCAUUGGCAUCGCACAAACUGCUAAAGGCUCUGGCAAGACUGGCGCUUUCUUGAUUCCUGCUCUGUCCAAGCUCAUGGGAAAGGCUAAGAAGCUGGGUGGCCCUCGACCCGACUUGAGCACCGAUCCAGGUGCUCGAGUUCGUGCUGAACCCCUGAUCUUGGUGGUUGCUCCAACACGUGAGUUGUGCAUACAGAUCUUUGACGAAGCACGACGUCUUUGUUAUCGGUCUAUGCUGCGACCUUGUAUUGCAUAUGGUGGUGGACCCAUUCGAGAGCAGCGUGACGAUCUUCGAAAAGGUUGCGACGUGCUUAUCGCUACUCCAGGUCGUCUCCGAGACUUCAUGAAAGAUCCUAGCCUUCUGGCUUUGCACAGACUUCGAUUCACUGUCAUCGAUGAAGCUGAUGAGAUGCUUCAUGAGGACUGGGCCGAGGAUCUUCAAGAGAUUUUAGCUGGUGCUGAUGCUUCUCAAGACUCUCAACACCAAUAUCUCCUCUUCUCUGCAACCUUCGACAAGCGCAUGCGAACUCUGGCCAAGCGAUACCUUGCCCAAAACUAUGUUCGUAUCCGAAUUGGCAGGAUCGGCUCAACUGUCUCGACAAUCACUCAACGUAUCGUUUGGGUUGACGGAAACAAGAAGAAGGACGCGCUGUACGAUCUUCUCCUCGACUCACCGCCUGCUCGAACUCUCAUCUUCGUCAAGUCAAAGAAGAUGGUGGAUAUCGUCGACGACUAUCUCUACAAUCGAGGUCUCCCGACCACUUCUAUUCACGCAGAUCGGACUCAGCUGGAGCGAGAAGAUGCCAUUCGAUCAUUUCGCAUCGGCAAGUGCCCUAUCCUGAUCACAACCGGUGUCAGUGCUCGAGGUCUGGACAUCAACAAUGUGAUGCACGUCAUCAAUUAUGAUCUGCCAUCGAUCGAGUACAAUGGCAAGGAUGAGUACAUCCACCGAAUCGGUCGAACAGGUCGACUGGGUAACAUCGGUGCAGCAACCUCUUUCUACAACGAAGCUGAUGAAGCACUGGCUCCCUUCUUGGCCGCGCUGCUUGUCGAGAACGAUCAAGCAAUCCCUGAUUUCUUGGAAGAAUACGCACCACCAGCUGACCAACCCCUCAAUUUCGACGACGAUUCUGCUGAUGAGGUCGACGACUUUGGUGCUGAGAACAACACCAACACUGACGACGCUGGAGGUACUUGGGGUAAUGGUAGUGCUGACGUCGUUGAGGUUGCUAAGGUGGGACCUGCAGCCGAUACAGCAUGGGGUGGUACUGACACCUCAAACGAUGUCGGCGGUGCUUCUUGGUAA